UUCCACCUUUGUUUAAGCUCUGCUCGUCAGCAGCCCACUCCUUCAAACUGGGGAACAGGAGUGGGUGGGGGACCUGCAUAGAAGAACACCGGGGUAGAGGGGGCGGACAGACCAGGAUCCCACAGCAGGGGUAUGUGGCCCAUCAAUGUGCCUUCAGACUGUUUCUCUGCCUGGGAUUCCACCCAUCCCAGGAGACAGCUCCAGUUUCUGGCGCAAAGGGGUUAAGUCCACUUGCACUUAUCGACCAAUAGCAGCACGCAGCGCCUUCGCGGCCUCUCGUGAUUGGCGGACACACAGGGCGGGCGGGAGGAGAGGGGACACCCACUCUGCCCAAGGAUGCACUUAAGAGGCUGUGGCAGCCGUGGCCGUGCUGCGCAGCACCAGAUCGCCUCCGCCAUGAGCAGCGCCACUGGCCCGGACGUAGCGGAGGCACCUGAGGAGCGGCGUUUUCUCAGCACCGCAGAGGCAGCUGCCCUGGAGCGGGAGCUGCUGGAAGAUUAUCGCUUUGGGCGGCAGCAGCUGGUGGAGUGGUGUGGCCAUGCUAGUGCUGUGGCUGUGACCAAGGUGUUCCCUUUGCUGGCUCUUUCCCGGAAGCAGAGGACAGUGCUGGUCGUGUGCGGCCCGGAGCAGAAUGGGGCAGUGGGGCUGGUCUGUGCCCGGCACCUGCGGGUGUUCGAAUAUGAACCAACCAUCUUCUACCCCACACGCUCACUGGACCCACUGCAUCGGGACCUGACUAUCCAGUGUGAGAAGAUGGACAUCCCCUUCCUGUCCUAUCUGCCCACAGAGGUUCAGCUCAUCAACGAUGCCUACAGGCUGGUGGUGGAUGCUGUGCUGGGCCCCAGUGUGGAGCCUAGCGAGGUUGGGGGCCCCUGCACACGUGCGCUGGCCACGCUCAAGCUACUGUCCAUCCCCCUUGUGAGCCUGGACAUUCCCUCAGGCUGGGACCCAGAGACCGGCGGCGACUCUGAGGACGGGCUACGGCCCGACGUGCUGGUAUCCCUGGCGGCGCCCAAGCGCUGCGCCGGCCGCUUCUCCGGGCGCCACCACUUCGUGGCCGGCCGGUUCGUGCCCGACGACGUGCGCCGAAAGUUCGCUCUGUGCCUGCCAGGAUACACAGGCACCGAAUGCAUCGCGGCGCUUUGAAAGCCACCCUCGCCUACACGGCUUGGGACUGCGCCAAUAAACAGACGUACUGCCA